GAAGAAGAGCACCUCUAACUCCUUCAGAAAGAAGAUGUCUUCUAGUGAUGUGUCCAGACACAUGAACACGAUAGAGCUCCAGCUGGAGGUGACUCGGUUCCUGCAUCACUGUGAAACAUCCAGCUCCGCCCCCACCUCCUCUGCCUCCUCCAGCACUCCUCCCACUCUGUUCGGCCCCAGCUCUAUGAAGAUCGAUGUAGCCUGCAAGGUGAUGUUGGGAGGAAAGAACAUCGAAGAGGGGUUUGGUAUCGCAUACCGAGUCAUACAGGUAAGAGACCGUAUUCACACUGAUUUCCUGUAUGGUGACCCAGGAAGUAGUCAG